ACUCUCUGCUCUUCCUUUAUCUUUCGUUUUCGCCUCUCUCUUCCACUUUUUCAAUUUAUAUCUGAAAAAGUGGGAAUAAUAAAAGCUAUUUAUUGUAUUCAUUCCCUCUUACUCUGCAGAGAGAGAUUUUGACUGUAUCUGGAGAUAGAGAGAGAUUAACCGUAGAGGAACCCAUUUCUCCAUUCUGGUCCCCGACCUCUUCUCUAGGUUUUCGGUAUUCUCUGUUCUAUCGCAUUUUCAAGAGAUUCACCAAAAAGAAGAGCAGAUACGUGCAGAUCUGGAUGGAGUUAUAGAGGGGGAAGUGGGGAUUGGAAUGAAGAAAUGUAUGCAAUUGUGAUUUUCAGGUUUGAGAAAGAAAUGGACAUUGGAAUGGGUUUCAGGCAGGUGGAAGAGAGAAUGGAGAUUGGACUGAAAGAUAGGCAGGAGUGAUUUGAGAGAGAGAGAGGAAAUGGAGAUUGGAAUGAAGAAGUUCAGGCAGGUGAGUCCAGAGAGGGGUAGACCAUGGUCUGAAAAUACACAACACCAGAAGCAGCAGCAGCAGAGGAAAGUGGCAGUAGUGUACUACUUGUGCAGAAACAGGCAUCUUGAGCACCCCCAUUUCAUCGAAGUCCCUCUCGCGUCCCCUCGAGGCCUUUAUCUCAGAGAUUUUAUUAGCAGGCUCAAUGCUCAUAGAGGUAGAGGCAUGCCUGCAAUGUACUCCUGGUCCUGCAAAAGAAGCUACAAGAGUGGUUUUGUAUGGCAUGAUCUAUCUGAAGAUGACCUGAUCCACCCUGUUAAUGGAAAUGAAUAUGUCCUCAAAGGCUCAGAGCUACUAGAUGAACCAUCUCCAGAUCGAUACCAACCCAUCAAACUACAACAACAACCACAGCUUCAGGCUUCUCCUAAGCAACAACAACUUCUCCUUUGCCAAGAGGCCUCCUCUUCUUCAAUCACUGAGAAACCCAAGACAACCACCGAAAACGACCACCUAAGCUCUGCAGGAACCUCCCCAAACUCCAUCACCGAGAACUCCUCUGAAUACAAAGUCUACAAGGCCCAUUCAACUGCCUAUGCAGGCCCCACACCUGCCACUGAUGCUGCCACGCAGACCGAGGACCGAGGAUCCCAUGCCGUCCGUGGGGUCUCCACUGAAGAGGCCCUAAAUGAAGGGAGCGGGGAUGAGGCGUCGCCUCCACCUCCUUCGAGCUCGAGCGCCUCUUCCUCAGGUGGAAGAAAAGCUGAAACCUUAGAAUCUCUAAUCAAAGCUGAUUGUAAGAAAAUGAAUGGGAGUUUUCGAAUAAUGGAGGACGAAGAAGAGAGAGAAGGAGGGGUUUAUAGGUCGAAGGGUUCAAAUGUUCUGAUGCAAUUGAUAUCAUGUGGUUCAAUUGCUGUUAAGGAGGGGGGGCAUGGCAGUUUUGGGGGUUUGAUGAUGAAGCCAAGAUUGGUUUCGAAGUCGAGUAUGAUGAUGGGGGAGUUGGAUUGUCUUUAUGAAAGUAACCCCAGGUUUGUGGGGUUGAGAUUGGAGGAUAAAGAGUAUUUUAGUGGGAGCUUGAUUGAGACCAAGAAGAAGCAGGUGGGGGAAGGGGUGCCCACUUUAAAGAGGUCUUCUUCUUGCAAUGCAGAUAGGGGCUCCAAGAUGGAUACAACAAAUGAGGAGAAAGAAAAGGAUUCUGAUACAGUAACUGCAAAAUGCAUCCCUCGAACGACAAAGAAGCAGCCGAAGAGCGGUGAGCCUCCUCAAAGAUCGCCACUCGCUGAUGCUCACAGGAAAUCUACUGCCCACCAACAGCAACAAUCACCCCUCAGCAGCAGCAAACGGAUCCUCGGCGCUUCUCAGAGGUUCCACUCCUGCAGGGAUCAUGACAGUGAGAAGGGCGCUUCUCAGAGAUUCCACUCCUUCAGGGAUCAUGACAGUGAGAAGAUCAUAAAGAUCGAAGAAAGGCUUCCUUCUGGUGCUCGGGUUAUAAUCCAAUCCAAGGCAGACUCUACUGAAAGCGAUGGUAGCAACAGUUCUUAGAAACAAUGCAAAAGAAAAGAAGAAAAAGAAAACAGCAGUUGCUAUCAAUUUACCCACUGUAGUUAGAAUGUUGUGAUCGUCAUCUAUAAGUUUGUUGGGUUGUGUUUGAAAGUUAAAAAGUUUUGCUUUGUACUCUGCAAUUCGGUUUGUGAAAUGAUAAUGGGUUUUAUUCAACUUUGUA